AUGUAUAAAGACAAGUCAAGCACCCAGCUUGAUCAGGAUCCCGUAGAAAAUGCAAAGAGUCAUCCCCAACCCGAGCAGUAUGGAGUCAGCAUGCAGCAGCGGGCUAUAUCCUUCGGCCCCGACGAGCGGCGUGGACGGAGAGGAUCCAAGCAUCGGCGAUCAAUCUCGCGCUCGCGUUCUCGCAGCCGUGCUCAAUCCGUUUCUAGCAUUCCAAUCGAGUUCCGUCGGAUGAGUUUCCAAAUCGCCGAAUCUGAGACUCGUGAGAAAUCCGAGGUGGACCUGAAAGGUGGCGAAAACAAGAAGGGGGAGACCCCUGAUGAUUCGCGAUAUUUCGAGAGUCUUCAGUUUCAUCACCAGUACAUUGACGCCCUCUAUCAACACUUCAACAGCACCAUCGAUGGACUGUCUUCCGGGGAAGCCGCUUCCCGUCUCGCUAGCAAUGGCAAAAACGAACUGCCACACGUUCCAACGAACUACCUAAAGAGAAUUCUAAAGUAUGUCUUUGGUGGAUUCUGCUCGAUUCUCUGGAUUGGUGUGAUUAUCUUCUUUAUCUGCUGGCGCCCUCUUGGAGAUCCGGAUCCGGCACCAUACAAUCUGGGCCUUGCUAUCCUGGUCUUGAUUGUGAUCUUUUUACAGGCCUCCUUCUCGGCAUUUCAGGAUUGGUCCACUGCUCGCACUAUGAAGUCUAUUCUGGACAUGGUUCCGACUGAUGCAAUGGUGGUUCGAUCUGGCGAGACUAUGAAAAUCUCUGCCGCCGAUGUGGUUGUGGGAGAUAUUGUCAAAAUAAGCGUGGGCAACAAGGUACCAGCGGAUCUCCGUCUUCUCGCUACAUCUGGAGAUACCCGUUUUGACCGUUCUAUGUUGACGGGAGAGUCCGAAGACGUUGACGGUGCCACUGAGAUGACAGACAGCAAUUUUUUAGAGACGCGCAAUGUUGCCUUGAUGGGAACUAUGGUUACCAAUGGAAGUGCCACGGGCAUUGUGAUCCUGACCGGACAGAAUACUGUUAUGGGACAUAUCACAGUUUCGUCUACUUCGGUCAAAGAGCAGCCAACACUCAUUCAGCGUGAGAUUACUCGAUUCGUCAGAAUUAUUGUUGUUUUGACGGCGUUUCUGACCCUCUUGAUUCUCCUCACCUGGGUUGGCUGGCUUCGGGUUAAACACUUCCAGUAUAUGAAUGUGAUUGACAUGCUUGACGACGUGAUGGGUUGCGUUGUGGCAUUUAUUCCUGAGGGUAUGCCUGUGGGAGUUGCCCUCACUCUCAUGCUCGUGGCGACGCGCAUGAAGAACAACAAUAUUCUCCCAAAAGGUCUUUCCACGGUGGAAACACUCGGUUGUGUGAAUGUCAUUUGCUCCGACAAGACCGGUACUCUGACCCAGAACAGGAUGAGAGUUGUUACAGCUACAUUUGUGGACAAAGUCAUGUCGGCUGAAGAGGCUAUUCCAACUACCCUAGAAGGAAGCUUGAAGCCUCUUAUGGAUCUUCACAAGGCUGCAGCUCUGUGUAAUGACGCUACUUUCGAUACUGCGACUGUCAAUUACCCCGUUUCGGAGAGGAAGGUCCUCGGUAACCCCACCGAUGGAGCUGUGCUCAAAUUUGUGGAAGAGGCUCAGCAAGGCGCCGUCCGGGAGUUGAACGAGAAAUAUCAGCGGGUUUUCGCCAUUCCUUUUAAUUCCAAGAAUAAAUGGAUGCUCACCCUACACAAGACUGAGACAUCCGACCCAGGAAACAACGGCUAUCUGCUCCUGAUGAAGGGCGCAUCGGAUAUUCUGUUGCCGCAUUGCAAUUCUUACUGGUCCUGCAUGACCAAUACUGUCCGGACACUCGACGAUACAGCUAAACAACAGUUUGCUGCAGCUCAAGAACAAAUGUCUCGCAAAGCCCAGCGGGCUUCUGGAAUUGCUGAUCUCACUCUGAUUGGCAUGUUCGGUAUCAUUGAUCCCCCUCGCCCGGAGGCCGCCGCAACCGUGGCAUCUUGUCGUCGCGCCGGAGCUCGUUUUUUCAUGGUUACUGGUGAUCUUGGUCUUACUGGGGCUGCUAUCGCCCGUGAAAUUGGUAUUUUCAAUGGCACAGCCGCACCUGAUACCUUUGAAACCAUCGUGCAAAGGCGGAGCUUUAACGAUUCUUCCGCUUCCCAGUUGUCAAACGAAUCUGAUCCGAGAUGGUCACAGACCAGCCUGCUUCUUGAAGGCCCUUCCAUCUCGCAGCUCACAGACAAGGAUUGGGAUUUGGUUUGUCAAUAUGAAGAAAUUGUAUUUGGCCGCACUUUGCCAGACCAGAAGCUGCGUAUCGUCAAUGAGUUCCGGGCGCGCGAUAAUGUCGUUGCAGUGACUGGAGACGGCGUGAAUGAUGCACCAGCCAUGCGCGCUGCUGACGUUGGCGUGGCCGUGGUCACUGGCAGCGAUGUGGCUCUUGAAGCUGCGGAUUUGAUAUUGAUGGAUAAAUUCGAUUCGAUAAUUGAAGCAAUUCGCCUCGGACGUCUGGUAUUCCAAAAUCUGCAGAAAGUAAUCAGCUAUCUUCUUCCUGCGGGCUCGUGGUCCGAGAUUUGGCCAGUGCUUCUCAACGUUUUUUUUGGCGUCCCGCUCCCCCUGUCUUCCUUCUUGAUGAUCAUCAUUUGUGUUUUCACCGAUUUGUUCUGCUCACUGUCCUUGAUUAUGGAACAGCAGGAGUUUGACUUGCUUGAUCUGCCACCCCGUAAUCACAAAAAAGAUCAUCUGAUCAAUUUGAAGGUCUACAUCCAAAGCUAUCUUUUCAUUGGCGUCCUAGAAACUAUCUGCGCGCAUGCUAUGUUCUUCUAUUAUUAUUGGAAGCAUGCUGGCAUUCCCGCCAGUGCCCUUUUCUUCGCCUUUGAGAAGUACGCGGAUGGAUUCUACGGCUACACAGAGGCCGAGUUGACCCAUUUCAACGUUGUUGGUCAGAGUGUUUACUUCAUUGCCCUUCUCAUAAUGCAGUGGGGAAACAUUCUCAGUGUCCGCAACAAACGACUUUCCAUUCUGCAGGCAGAUCCCAUUCGCAAGCAGCGCCGCAACCCGUGGCUUAUUGCGAGCAUGGUUAUCAGUCUAUCCAUUGCGAUCUUUGUCACGGAGGAGCCGGGAAUUCAGCAGAUCUUUGGCACUGGCGCUGCGCCUCUAGAGUUUUGGUUCAUGCCUAUUCCCCUUGCAUUGGGAAUCCUGUUGAUGGAUGAACUUCGCAAGCUGUCCGUGCGGGUCUGGCCGAAGGGAAUUACCGCACGCAUUGCGUGGUAG